AUGCCAGAGCUCAAAGGGUAUCGUUGUGGUUGUGUCAGCUUUAGUCAGAACAAGUCCGUUCCUGGCGUGAUAUGCGAGUGCGGCCAUUUCGCAUGCUUCCACCUGAACUCUGCAAACUCCCUGUCGCCAGGAAAACACCACGACGAUGUUGAAUUAUUGAGGCAGCGAGUGCAGGCCCUGGAGCAGCAACUAUUAUCAGCGACCGACGGCCAGGAGAGGUUGGACCAGACCAUCCACCGCCUGAGCCAGAUGGAGGAAGCUGUCGAGAGAAACCAGGAAGAAAUACGGACCGAUUUCAAAUCAUCGUACAAGCACAUGUCGGCAGCAUGGAGUCUGGUGGAGCAACUGCAGAAGAGACUGUCCACGUUUGAAGAGAAACAGAACCUUCAGACGGUGCAGAUGGAGAGGGCAGGGAAAGAGCUGGAUGACUUGCGGAACCGCAACCUGGAACUCUUGGAGACCGACGAGAUGCUGGAGGAGCGGAUCGAGCAGCUUGAGCAGCCGACUUCAUCACGUCAACCCACAGGUGAGCGUCGAUCAGCCAGCCCCGAAGCAGACAUCCCUGCACCAAAACACUCCCCCAGCCCAUCCCAGCAACACCACUCAACAACCGAUAAGCUUAAAUGCGACACCUCCAGUCAACCACCUAUCCAUCCAGUCCACCUAGACCUGACUGAGGCGCCAAUACCUACCGCCAUUAUACCCUCGGGGGUAUGGACGAUGCAUGUCUCUGUGCUCCCGUCGAGGGACCAGCCCUUCCCCUUCGAGAAGGACACUGCAGCAUACAAAAGAUGUCUCUCCCGUGGGCUCCAACGUGUUGUACCCGUGCAGGGUUACAGCGCGGAGGCCAUCACGUCGGCGAUCUCCAAAUUCUUUCACCCAAUCUUACAAAGCAAUGCAUGGGAGCCUCUGGAAGCCAAAGUGUGCGACGCCAGGAGGCUCGAAGGGCUCCCGAUGCUACGGCCGCUCGAGCCUGAGAUCAACAGAACGACCUACGAUAUAGGUCUCAUCAUGGGGCGCUGCGCCGUCCGAGAUGGCUCCGGGCGGAUUCAAUCCAUGUACGUAGCGCUGAAGAGAGGGAAACUCUCGUGGAAUACGAUCAGAGAUUUCCCCGUCUACAUGGAAGGUCUGGAGUCGAGCUGGGCGUUUGACAGAUUCCUCGAUCAAGACGGGGAUGGCGACGGAGACGUGGAUGGGGAGAGUGCCGACGUGCGCCCACGACGCUCAUCCAUGCCACUAAUAACAAACCCGACGCCUCCGGUGUCACUGAAGCGCAGCUCAGCAGAGAUGGAGUUGGGAGGGGUGGUGGGCAACGGCUCGGUUGAUGGCGAGAGCGAGGCACCGAGGGCCAAGGUCGCACGAACAUGCAUCCCCGACGCACUGGAUUUCAAGGCAAGGUUUGAGAGCGACCUUGUGAGUCGCUAUUAA